UAUAAUUAAACUUUUGUAAUGGCAUCAGGUGAGAGCACCCAGCAAGUGUGCCCAUACGGUCUGCACGUCUACGAUCUUAACACGAACCAACAGAUCCACUACUACCAACUGCAGGCAUCCGACACCAACAAGGACUCGUUCAUAGCCAACAUUGUCGUCGACGUCGGCGGCAACUGCUCCGAUACGCACGUCUACGCGUCCGACGAGCUCGGCUACGGUCUGAUCGUAUACAGUCUGGACAAGGACUUUUCGUGGCGGUUCGAUCACCAGUACUUCCAUCCCGACCCGGUCGCCGGCGACUACAACAUCGGUCUCAACUACCAGUGGUCCGAGGAGGGAAUUUUCGCGAUGGAAUUGACACCGGUACAACCUGACGGCAGCAAAACCCUGCUCUUCCACCCGUUGUCCAGUUACAGGAACUUCUUCGUCUCCACCAACAUCCUCAAGGACCAAUCUAAGGCUAUCAGCAAGAACUAUUUCCACGAUUUCAGCUAUUUCCCUGAUCUGGGACCCAACUUCCAUAUCACCACACAGGUUAUCCACAACGGUGUCCUAUAUAAGAACCUUGUCGACCAGAAUGCGAUUGGCUGCUGGAGGCUGGACAAAGACUACACGCCUGCCAACCACGCCAUCAUCACCAAAGAAGAUACUAGUUUCAUCUAUCCCAGCGAUAUGAGAAUCACGAAGACCGGUACCCUGUGGGCUAUCACUGAUAGGAUGCCGAUCCAUCUUAUGGCUACCUUGGAUUUCAAGGAUAUCAAUUUCAGAAUUUUCAGUGGAGAUGCCAAUCAGCUGGUGGCGGGAACGAUUUGUGAUCCCUACCUUCAGGCUCCUCCCAAGCCUCAGCCUUCGGCCUACCAGUACCAUAGGUAUGAUCCUAAUGCCGAGUACAAUAAGAACUAUUACUCACAGAGUGUGUCGCCGUACACGACACCACUCAAGCCAGUCAAAGAGUAUGAUUAAAAUUAACAAAUAUUUUCCUUCACCCUCAUUCACCAAUCAUCUUUAAUAAUGCUUAAA